GAAGAGCGGCCAGUAAGGCCUGAAUAUCUAUCCAGUUCGGUUGGUUAGGAAAAUAGUAGAGAACAACUGUGCCAUUGCCUCCAGAUUCUGGCGAUAUUGGCCCACGGACUGUUUCCAAUUUAUCAAGUCUGCUGUGCUGAAUGGCACAUGGACAAAAACUGGUCUACCCUCAGGACCCACCCCUUGGCGCAAAGGGGCCUGAACUACUGGUUGGGCCCCUGAUCGUAAGUGACUCGCCACAGGGCUAAACACCCCAUCUUCUACAGUCCCUUCUAUCGCCAGAUUGCUACCACCCACAUCCGCCGGACCCGGGGACGGCACCCCGGGGCUGUCGGGGGAGGUGGGGGACGACGGACUGGACGAGCCAGCUGGGAGUCCCUGACAAGCCGUUUCAGGUGCAGCGGAACCUGAAAUCCCCUGUGGUGACACAGGGCUCACAGGAUAAGACGGGGGAGCCGUGGGAGCAAUUAGCAACUGCACGUCUUCCUCCUUCGGCUCCUCCGGACAUGCUGUGGUGACCCCCUGUAAAGCCAUUUUCUCUAAAUAUCCCACACGACUUCUGCGUAGUCCCAUCCCCAUACAAAGUCAUAUACGCCUCUACAUAAAGCAUCUCAUCCCACUUUCCUUGGCGCCUACAAAACAACUGUAACUGCAAGAUUGUGUUAUAAUCCAAAGACCCAUUCUCCGGCCAGGCUGCACCAUCCGCGAGUUGGUACUGUGGCCAACAUGUAUUGCAAUACUGAAUCAUCUGGUUUUUCGUCAUAGGGUUGCUUCCAAACUUUGGCCAGUUUUUCAAAAUGCAUCCUAGGGGACUGCAGGGCGGAAUCUUAGACUGGUUACUUCCCAUUAUCCAACUACCGGACGGCGACUGCCGCUCAGCCUCAGUACCAAACUGAUUAAAGGGAGUUCACGGGACUACCAACCGAUCUUACUCGCCUAGGGCGUCUACACGGUCGGAACUUUUAAAGCCAUCUCUUUCCCAAUCUGCUCAAAAUAUGGAAAGAAGUACUCACCAGUCCAUUGAGACCUCCCUCGCCCCGCCCGAUUAAGUUGGUCCUCCGUGCGUUGCGCCGUUGUGCCCCUCCACGACUCCGUCAGGCAACCAGGAGACGGUCAGACCUCCGACGAAUAAGGUUUUUCUCAAGAGUGACCGAGUUGCCCGAAUGGUUCACAGUGGAGGAUGCUCUGCAAAUGACUUUAGAGAUGUUUUUAAGAAAAACAUAGAAAAGAGGGUCCGAAGUUUGCCAGAGAUUGAUGGAUUAAGCAAGGAGACAGUGUUAAGUUCUUGGCUAGCCAAAUACGAUGCCAUAUACAGGGGAGAAGAGGACUUUUGCAAACAGCCGAAUAGAAUGGCAUUAAGUGCUGUAUCGGAACUUAUUCUGAGCAAGGAACAGCUUUAUGAAAUGUUUCAACAGAUUCUAGGGAUCAAAAAAUUGGAUCACCAGUUGAUUUAUAAUGCCUGCCAACUGGAUAAUGCAGAUGAACAAGCAGCUCAGAUCAGACGUGAGCUAGACGGACGUCUACAACUGGCAGAACAAAUGGCAAAGGAGAGAAAAUUUCCAAAGUUUGUAGCGAAAGAAAUGGAGGGCAUGUAUAUAGAAGAGUUGCGGUCUUCAGUGAAUUUGUUAAUGGCAAAUUUGGAAAGUCUUCCAGUGUCUAAAGGUGGCCCAGAAUUUAAAUUGCAGAAGUUGAAGCGAUCACAGAAUUCAGCUUUCUUGGACAUAGGUGAUGAAAAUGAGAUUCAGCUGUCAAAAUCUGAUGUGGUUCUCUCAUUCACACUAGAGAUUGUAAUAAUGGAAGUGCAGGGUUUAAAGUCAGUAGCUCCCAAUCGGAUUGUUUACUGCACAAUGGAAGUGGAAGGAGGAGAGAAACUUCAGACUGAUCAGGCAGAAGCUUCAAGGCCACAAUGGGGAACUCAAGGGGAUUUCACCACUACCCAUCCUCGGCCUGUGGUCAAAGUAAAGCUCUUUACAGAAAGCACAGGGGUCCUAGCACUUGAAGAUAAAGAACUAGGAAGGGUGAUAUUGUAUCCAACAUCCAAUAGCUCAAAGUCACCUGAGUUGCAUAAAAUGUUAGUCCCCAAAAACAGUCAGGAUACUGACUUGAAGAUUAAACUAGCAGUGAGAAUGGAUAAGCCACCACAUAUGAAGCACUGUGGAUAUUUAUAUGCUUUUGGACAGAAGGUUUGGAAAAGAUGGAAAAAACGCUACUUUGUCCUUGUUCAGGUUAGCCAGUAUACCUUUGCUAUGUGCAGUUACAGAGAAAAGAAAUCUGAGCCUCAGGAAUUAAUGCAGCUUGAAGGAUACACCGUGGAUUAUACAGCUCCUCACCCAGGUCUUCAGGGUGGCCAGAUGUUUUUCAAUGCUGUUAAAGAAGGAGAUACAGUAAUAUUUGCCAGUGAUGAUGAGCAGGAUAGAAUACUAUGGGUUCAAGCAAUGUACAGGGCAACAGGUCAAUCAUAUAAGCCUAUUCCUGCAAGUCAAGCACAAAAGAUGAAUCCCAAAGGAGGAAAUGUCCACACAGAUUUAUCACAGCAUUAUGCAGAUCGUGGUCAGAAACAUGGUAUGGAUGAGUUUAUUUCUGCUAAUCCCUGCAAAUUUGACCAUGCUUCCCUCUUUAGACUGCUUCAGAGGCAGACCUUGGAUCAUAGAUUGAAUGAUUCCUAUUCUUGUUUGGGUUGGUUUAGCCCAGGCCAAGUCUUUGUGUUGGAUGAAUACUGUGCUCGUUAUGGUGUGAGAGGCUGUCACCGCCAUCUCUGCUAUCUUAAUGAAUUGAUUGAACAUUCAGAAAAUGGUGCUGUCAUUGACCCAACCUUGCUCCAUUACAGCUUUGCUUUCUGUGCUUCUCAUGUUCAUGGCAACAGGCCUGAUGGAAUUGGAACAGUAUCAGUUGAAGAGAAAGAAAGGUUUGAGGAAAUUAAAGACAGACUUUCCACCCUCUUAGAAAACCAGAUAAGCCACUUCAGAUACUGUUUUCCAUUUGGACGUCCUGAAGGAGCUUUAAAAGCCACACUUUCAUUACUUGAAAGGGUUUUAAUGAAAGAUAUUGCCACUCCCAUACCAGCAGAAGAGGUGAAGAAAGUGGUCAGAAAAUGUCUGGAGAAAGCUGCCUUGAUCAAUUACACUCGACUUACAGAAUAUGCCAAAAUAGAAGCAACAACAGAGAAGGAUCAAGAGACCAUGAACCAAGCAAUACCUGCUAGAAAGCUGGAAGAGGUUCUUCACCUUGCAGAACUCUGCAUCGAAGUAUUGCAGCAAAAUGAAGAGCAUCAUUCAGAGGCAUUUGCUUGGUGGCCAGAUUUAUUGGCUGAGCAUGCAGAGAAAUUUUUGUCCCUUUUCUCUGUUGAUAUGGAUUCGGUAUUGGAGGCACAACCACAAGAUUCCUGGGACAGUUUUCCACUUUUUCAGUUGCUAAAUAACUUCUUAAGAAAUGACAUAUUUUUGUGCAAUGGAAAGUUUCACAAGCACUUGCAAGAAAUUUUUGUUCCCCUGGUCAUCCGCUACAUUGAUCUCAUGGAAUCAUCUAUCGCUCAGUCCAUUCACAGAGGUCUUGAACAAGAAUCGUGGCAACCUGUCAAGAGCAUCACCAACAGUCUUCCCAAUGUAGCUCUUCCAAAAGUUCCAAGUUUGCCUCUUAAUCUUCCACAGAUUCCUAGUUUUUCUACACCAACUUGGAUGGCUUCUUUAUAUGAUUCCACCAAUGGUUCAGCUACAUCAGAAGAUCUCUUUUGGAAACUGGAUGCACUACAAAUGUUUGUUUUUGAUCUACACUGGCCAGAACCAGAAUUUGCACAUCAUUUAGAGCAAAGACUUAAACUUAUGGCCACUGAUAUGAUAGAAGCCUGCGUCAAAAGAACAAGAGUUGCUUUUGAACUGAAGCUGCAAAAGACAAACAAAUCAACAGACUUGCGCAUUCCUGCUUCUCUGUGUACAAUGUUUAAUGUAUUAGUUGAUGCCAAAAAACAAACUGCUAAACUCUGCAUUUUGGACGGAGGGCAAGAGUUUGCUAGUCAGUGGAAACAAUACCAUUCCAAAAUAGAUGACUUGAUUGAGGAAACUGUUAAAGAAAUUAUUUCUCUUCUUGUUUCAAAGUUUGUUUCAGUAUUAGAAAGUGUGCUGUCUAAAUUAUCAAGGUAUGAUGAAGGCACUUUCUUCUCAUCGAUCCUUUCAUUCACUGUGAAAGCGGCUGCAAAAUAUGUUGAUGUACCUAAACCAGGAAUGGAUCUAGCAGAUACCUACAUCAUGUUUGUUCGGCAAAACCAAGAUAUACUUCGAGAAAAGGUCAAUGAGGAAAUGUAUAUAGAAAAGUUAUUUGAUCAAUGGUACAGCAGCUCCAUGAAAGUCAUAUGCGUAUGGUUGGCUGACAGAUUAGACCUUCAACUUCACAUCUACCAACUGAAGACUCUCAUCAAGAUAGUGAAGAAAACCUACCGAGACUUCAGGUUGCAGGGUGUGUUGGAAGGAACAUUGAACAGUAAAACCUAUGAUACUGUUCACAGCCGUCUUACAGUAGAAGAGGCUACAGUCUCAGUCACUGAUGCAGGAGGACUUCAAGGUAUCACCAUGAAAGACAGUGAUGAAGAAGAAGGGUAAUAGUAAGCUAUUUCACCUAGAGGUUAAUGCUAGGUGUUUGUUUUGUAACUUGUCCUGGUAUUUGCAUUUAUAGUUUUGCCUUAUAACACAAUUGCAGAUGUGUAAUUCAUUCCUUUUUUAAAAAAAUUGACAGCAAAGUUAUUUAGAGAAAAGAGCCAAGGACUUUCUGAGAACAACGGUUUUAGCAUAAUUUAGUGUGUAGUUUUGCUUAGAUCUGUGAGAGUACUGGCAUGGAAUUUGAGUUGCACUUGUGGUCAAGUUUGUUUCCUUUGUUAGUUACCAUCUGUUCUUGUAACUCCAUCAAAUAGUGAUGUCCUGUGCAGAAAACAAGAUGUGUGCCUCCCAUAAAACACAAUCAUUAUACAGGAAGUCAUUCUUGGAAUAAUUCAGUGCCCUUGAUAAAAUUUAGUGUGUUUUCAGGAUUAUACUUUACAUGUAUUUUUUCCUGCUUUGUACUUAAUUUUUUCAUUAUUGUGCAGUGUGCAUUAAAACUUAUACCUUGGUUCUUAGUGUUUUAAGUUUGAUAUAUACAUAGGAAGACUUCAAGGACACUAAACUACUUAGGAGUGCUUUGUCUUCUGUCCCCCCAUGUUUGUUUUGCAAGUUUAAGGAUAUCUCAUCAUGCUGGAUGUCAGUAAGCUUGCCAUCAAUGUUUCUAUUUCUAUGUGACAAUUUGCAGGCAAUAAGAACACAAUUUGUCGUGACCCCUUCUGUAUCUAUCCAACUUUGUAUAGAAUUCUAAAAUAAAAAAUGUUUUCAGUAUUUCAAAGCA